AUGAAUUCUGUUUUGCUAAGGAGAAGUCCGAGGCAAAGGAAUGCUUUCACAGUGGUAAAGACUUUUGAUGACAAGAACAGCCCUCCGGAGGAUUCACCUAUCUUUACCUUCAAGCCUAUCAAACCUGCUACAGAUAUUGAAGAAGAGAACGAAAGAGCAAAUGAGGAACAGUGGAGUGAGGAGGAGGUAGACGUGGCGGUACAAAACGACAUGGAGCUCGAUGAGGAAGGAGAGACAGAAGAAGAGGUCAUAGAACCGAUGGAAGAGGAAGAAAAUGACCAGAUCGAGGACGAAAAUGAGAGAUGCGAGGGGCAAGGGGGAAAAAAAUACGCACCGGAAUACGUGAACCCUUACUAUACGAAGAUUCCCAGUACUGACAUUGACAUGUUUGAACGAACAAGUAAGAUGGACAAGUUUGACGGGCCGAAGAGCGUUAUAAACGAUCCCAUGCAGGAGAUGUUGCAGCAAGGCGGUUAUCUGUCCUUGAAAUUCCUCCUAGAUCUAGCCAUGAACCAAGUUGACUGGCAGAUAUUAAGGCGAAGAUCGCUUGCCAAGUUCAAAUAUGAGAGUAAUGACAAGAGAGAGCAAGAAGAAAAAACAUUGAAAGACAUGGACUUCCUCGGCCUCACUGAAGAGCCCGGGCCUGACCUGAAAAUUGAAGACGAAGAGCCGAAAGUCCAGGAGGAGGUGGAGGUGGAGGUGGAGGUGGAGGUGGAGGAAACAGAUGGUAUGUCGGAGGAAAAGAAUAAGCCUCGUCCAGCCAUCUGGAUCCCGAUGCGCCGACAAACAGGUGAAUUGGUUUGGAUGGGGUUUAAGGCCGGAAACCUCAAGAGAUGGAAGGGCACCAAUGCAGAACGAGUUAAGCAGCUCGCAGCCAUCAAACGUAUCUUUGCUAGAUUCUGGAUAAAGAUGUUCAGAGGCCCCGAUGCUGAAUAUGUGGCUGGCUUUCGAGCCCGUUACUCGACAGAUGUCUUCGAUUUCCCUCUUAUCGUUGUACCUGGAGAGUCAAUCAGCACUCUUGGCGCCAAAGGGUAUGCUACAAAACUUCUCAGUGACACCGUCGACGCGAUAAAUGAGAAGCACCGCAAGAUUCCAGAAAUGGGCCGAAAACCUAUCAAGACUACGAUCAACAAAAAGACCAGCAAGCAGUCUGAAAUCAAGACGCAGAAAUUCAGCAAGAAACAACCUGGAUUCAGAGCUAGGAAAGAUGUCGAUAACCACAAAUAUGUGAAGAUAGGAGACAACCCCUUGGGGCUCUACUCAACUUAUAUAAGGAAGGAAGACUUCCAUACAUAUAUGAAGAGUUUAGAAAAGCCCAGAGUGGAGCUUCGCAAGCGUCUCAAGGCUAUGGAUGCCGCACGCUCGAUUCCCUCUGAAGAAGCGUACCAGAAGCUGAUCGAAGCAAACGCCAAUGGUGAUAUUAUUGAACUCGAACAGCUCUCUGACAGUCAGAAAAAAGGCCAGAAAACGGUGUUGGACGCGGGUUCUAUGACUACUCUGAGCAGUAAAGUCUCUUCUCUCAAGAUUAUCAACGCCAUAGGUAAUAGGACGACAAAGAAUGCCCCCGGGAAAAUAAUGGGGAUGUCUGCAUCUCAGUGUGCCCAUGAUAAUCUGGGUUGGGCAAAAUUGCAAACCAGCAAAGAGGAUAAAUCGAAGGGCAUGAUGCUGCGUAAUGGAUUGUAUAUGGCCGAGUGGCUCCAUCUCUCUGCGUUUUCCUGGGGCGGCCUUCUCGAGCCUCCAGUCUAUGGCAAGAUUAACCCCCAGCAACACGACUCAAGCGACAUACCGGAGAAUCUGGUUCUUGGAACAUCUGAAACGAAUUCCCAAAUGACAAGAUUUGAAAAGGCCUGGCAGGCUUUGAUCAAAGAUGAGACACUUCUGAGAAAGGACAAUACUUACUCGGCUGUUCUCGAAAUCGUACGUAAUCCGACAUCAGAGAAGGACAUACUCCAAGAUGGGAAGGCAGCUAAGUACACUCGACACUCGGUGUCCCUUGGAGACUCUCAUGAUCGCCUGGCCAAAGAUUUCAAGUUCAUCGCAUACUCCGUUGAGUACUCCCUCGAUUUCCCAUCCGGAUGCCGCCUAUUGGGGAAGAAAGAGGACACGAGACUGUCCACUAUCUUUUACCCUUUUUCGCGACCUCUGUAUCACAAGCUAGAAGCUGAACUGGACACUUUAUUGUACAACCAUCUGAAAGUGGUCUCUGGCCUUAUCAAGCCUCCACAAGCAAUCCAACCUGGUGUCACAGGAACCCACGGAUCACUCGGCAAUACCGUUGCCUACAACACGUAUAACGACGACAAUCUAUUCGGGCCAGCAACAUUGGAUAUAGGAUUUCUUGGUGUGCUCCAGAUUUCGGACAAGCCACAGCUAUUCAACAAAAAGGCGCACACUAGUGAUAAACUACAGUGGCAUAUGCACAACAAGAUUUACGAACACAGUACUUCCCAUACUAACCCCGUAGGUCAAAAUGCAUCGGUGGCCGUUACCUUCAAGAAGCCCUUCAAAGCGCCUCCAAAGGUCCUUGUAUGGUUCACAGAGAUAUCGCAGCCACACGGCUGGCGUAGUCUGUGGACAUAUGCCAACAAAGUCACUGAAACCGGUUUAACAGUGAACAUUGAGACAUGGUGCGAAAGACAGUUUGAGGCGGCCCGUGUAGCGUGGUUGGCUUGGCCAGAGGACAAAGAUCCCAAGGUGUUCACGGCUAUCGACUGGAUUGAUAUCCCAGAUACUCAACCAACUGGGUCGAUUGGUAUAUACGCAAAGCAUGAGUGGGCAACCAAGGAUAAACUGCGAUGGCAUGCAGGCGUAAGCGAUAGCACGGAUUGUAUCAAGAUCGGCAUGUGCUGGCUUGGAGUAGAGUGA